AUGCAAUAUUCUGGUCCCAGGGCUGUUCAAGCAAUACGGUUUGAAAAUCACUUGAUGUACCCUAAUGGUCAUCUUCGAGAUCGACAACAAAGAGGUGAUGAUCAUAAAGAAUUGGAGAAGGUUCAAGCGGAGAAUAAGAUCCUGAAACGACGUCUAUCACGACGUUACAGCAGCAGAAAUAAAGGAUCAAAAAGAUCUCGAUUAGUUGUCGCAGAAGUGUUGGCGGAUGACGCGUCCGAUGAUGACGUCGAUGACAGCUUGUUAUUAUUGAGGGAUAAUAGUACUCUUCAUGGUUUACGAGAUCUUUUACUGUCUACAACAUGUAAACUGAGAUUUAUUUGGGUAGUUAUACUGGUUUUGGCUGUUUUGCUCACAAGUCACGGUGUUUGGCAGAUAAUGCUUGAAUUCAAACUUCGUCGUGUUGUGGUAUCGUAUUUUAUUCAGGAAGCAAAUACAUUAGCGCUACCUGAUAUUGUAAUAUGCCCAUUCAAUCGUUUUAAUCGAUCAUUUCUGGAGCAAUGGAAUGUUUCAGCAGGACUUGCUCAGUAUCUGGAACUUUCCUAUCCAUCACCUGUUAUUCAUACAUUUCAAACACGAAUGUACGAAGAAACUGUGAAUAAUUUGGAUGCACAUGAAUACGAAUUGGAAAUGCUUCUGGAUCGGAUAGGAAAUAUGUCGUAUACGACAUUUUUAAAAGCUGCUUCACUUGGCUGCGAAGCUUUUUUCAAGGAUGAUUCGAGAUGUAAAAAUUUGACUGAGAUUAUGACAUCAGCAGGAAAAUGUUUUCGUUUAAUGGGAUUUGAUCAGACUGGUGACGGUUUUGGAUAUGGUGAAAGAAUUGUCAUCAAUCUUCCACAACAUUUAUAUAAUCCGGGUGCAAAUCAAAUGUUAAACGAUGGUAUUGUGGUAAAACUUGCUGAACGUGGCAAAGGAAUUGAUAAUGAUCUCACUUUUAUUCCAUCUGGUGUUCAUGCUAUCAUGCCAUUAUCGGCAACACAAUACGAAUUUAUGAAUGAUCCUCCAAGAUAUGAAUGUGAAGAAGAUAAUGAUGGUACAUACAGUAGAGUAUGGUGUUUUGAAUUCUGUCUUACUAAAAAAGCAGAGGAUAUGUGUAAUUGUUCCCUUGCCGCUGCAACAAAACCUCGUAAACCAGAUAUUUGUACAACAAAACAGUUCUUCCAUUGUUUUAUUGCUCAUCUUUUUCCUGAAAACAGUUCAUCUAUAGUUGAGAAUUGUAAAUCAAAAUGCAAACCACCGUGCUCAUACUGGCAAUAUCAAAAAUCGGUCAGUUAUGCGACAUUUCCUGGACAAGUGGCAAAAUAUUUCGUCGCAAAUCAAUCUGAAUGGGAAGAACUCAAAUCAACUAUUGUUUUAGAAGUCUAUUUCACGGAUUUGGAUUACACAGUAAUCAAGCAUGUCGUUGCGAUGCCUUUACAAUCGGUGAUAGCUCAGAUUGGAGUGCUCGCCGUUGAUCAUUCCCUGCGGGAUGCACCAGAGAUCAGUGCGUUGUUCACAAUCCAGAAUCAUUCAAUGUUCAUCGAUGUGAAUGUUGGCUUAUAG